UCCUGCUCCGCUCGUACAGGGACCGGAUGGCCCCUAAUAAAGGGCCCCCGAUUCCAUACUCCUGGAGCACCCCCCACAGGGCAUCACGAGGGACACAGUCGAAUGCCUUCUCCAGGUCCACAAGCCUGGUUAAUAAUGUAAAUUUCUUUGAAUGGAACUGAAACCCCAGAUGAUAAUUUGAGAAAUUCAAAAAGUGAGCCUCUGUUUUUGUUUGUGUUUUUUUUACACACCGCAGACCCAAAUAAAUGUUAUUUCAAAUUGAUAUAGUUCACUCAUCGUCAGCAUGAUAAUCAGCAAAUAAUUUUAACCUUUUUGAUUGCACAAGUUUGAAUUUAUUGUGGAUUACCACACACAUUAUAUACAAAGUCCUAAACAGUCCACUAAUUUUUGGUUAAAUUUUUCUUAGCAAGUUCUACCUCAAUCACAUACUUUCUGUAGUCAUCAGUCAGCUUUUGUUAUAAUUCUGGCAGAAUAUUUAACCACUCUUUUUGCCAGGAGAGGCAGAGUUCAUUUAGCUUGGUUGAUCUUUCUGCAUUGACCUUGAUUUUAGGCAUAUUACAAACAUUUUCAAUAGAGUUUAUGUUGGGGUUAUUCCGAAACCAGUGUGGAUGAAUGUUUGGGAUUGCUGUUCAGCUGUGGCCGAGUUUCAACCAUCUGACCCAAACCGUAAACAUCAGAUUAAAAGUAAAUGUCUUGGAGCAGUGGUGGCCAAACCUUUUGCCAUCAGGGCCAAAAUUGGCAAGUUAAUUGCAAUUGCCUGACACAAAAUUUCAUUUUUUUAAUAAAAAAUGCAAAAAUACAAUACAGAAAAAAAAAAAAUGAAACUAUGACAAAUCAAAAGCUACACAUUUUUAACUUGGAUUUAGUUGUUUUUUUUCCAGCCAAAACAUUCCAGAUCAAACAUCAGAACUAGUUUGGCAAUGGAUAAAACAGGCUGACUUUAUGCCAGCCGUAUUGAACAUUUAUGUUUCAACCAAUUAAAAUGAGCCCUUUCAGUUUUGAUAAGAGCACUCAAAUAUCCAGCCAGAAUUAUGCCGGGAGCUUGUUGAGGUGCAACGUUAAACUAAAUAUUCAUGGGGGUGUAUGUAUGUAUAUAAACCUGUAGGUUAAUUGUAAUCCUGUGUAGAUUACAGAAAGUCCAAAAAUGAAUUUUAACUUCUGGACUCAGUUGUUAUUAGAAUUCAGGUUAUUCAAGAUUUUUCUUCUUCCUGCUGCCCUCUUACUUGUAUACAGUAAGUAGUGUAAGCGUAUAUGUUUGUGACUUGUGAUGAAAUUUGCUAAAUCAAGUGAAUAAACUGAUUGAUUAAAAGUCAUUGAAAUAGUUUGCUUUAUAAUUAUUUGGACAUGGAAAACAAAGCUUUAAACAAUUAACAAAACACACAGACUUAUAUGACGUCUAUAUCUAUGAUGACUGAACAUAAACCUCUAACCAGGGCUGUGCAUUUAUGGCUUCAGUUGAGUUUAAAUUGUUGAACUAUUUAUCUUUAUUGGUACUUCUGUUCAUCAUCUUUGGAAGAACAAUAAAAAUGUUAAAGAGAACAAUUAAGCAUUUUCUGGAAUUGAGUUUCUUCUGGUCGGAUGUGGACUGUGUCUCAAUGCCAGUGACCCUCAAUAAGCAAGUGUAAAAUGUAAAUGUGUUGCAACCCUCUUGCCUUUUCUUAGAAACUUCUAGUUUGUCAGUCUCUGGAAAAAUGCUGCUCUAUGGUAUUUCAGCGCUUAGGUGUGUGCAAGAAUUUCGCAAUCAAGAAAACCCCUUCUCGAAAUGUAAUAUUUUAGCAGAACUGAUGCAGAAGAGCCACAUAUCUCUGCAACAGCCAGAAGAGCCACUUUAAACUCUACCUUGAGGUUUUACGUUGUGCUCAGUGUUUCACAUAUCCUUAUCAUGGCCAUAAAUAUUAUGGUCUUAAUGCUUUUAAUAAUUUAUUUGAACCGUUCCUUUUACAGGAUAGAGCUCAAAAAGGAUUUUUAAAGCGUUGGUUGCAUAUGUUUCAGGUUGUGGAAAUUACACCUACUGGGUCAAAUCUUUACUUACAACCGAACAAAUUUUGGGUUUAUUGUCUCUUAACAAGUGACACUUGAACCACAAGCUUCUGCCAUAAUUGUGGCUGGAUAUUUGAGUGCUCAACUGGACUUAAAAUUGGUAAAGUCUUUUUUUUUAGUUAGAGAGCCUGCAUUCAGGCAUAGUCCAAAACAUUUCAGUAGGGUUGAAGUCAGGCCUGUGGUCUGUCAACAAUAUUUUGAAGGAACUUAGAGAAAAGUCAUUUUGUCAUAUAUUGCUGCGUACUUGUCAGACCAAUGUGCCUAACAACGCUAGGAAACAUGGUGAGUUGCAGAGCUUUCUUUAAUUAUAAUAAUAAUAAACAGGAAAAGACUUACGGUACACAGACUGGGUAACAGACACGGAGCAGGCAGUAUUCAGGAGGAACCAGUGGAGAAUAAUGAAACCAGAAAGUAUAAAUACUGAGGUGGGGUGGAGACCACUGAACAAUGAAAGCUAAUCAGGGGAAAAUCAGGAGCAGCUGAUGGAAGAGAGUGACUGCAGGCAACUGAAGGAGGGAGGCUAAUAAAUACUAAUGAGCAGGGAGUCCAGGGAAGUACCAGAAACAUCUAAGUGAACAGAAAUCUGUAAACAAUGGGACUACCUGAAGAACAUAAACAAAGAGGACAAACUAAAACCUCUAAACACAGGAAUCCAAGAAAGAAAUCUAAACGAUAUGAAUAAACUGAAAUAACAGCAACUGAAGAACAGGGCAGUGCAGAAAAAGCAAACAGGACUCAAACUGAAAAACCCCUAACACAAAAAGAUUAUGACACGUUUUUGUGAGUGAAAGGACCUUUCUGAAUUUCAAAUUAUUUCACUAAAGAAUUCGAGAUAUAUGGUAGUCAUUUAAUAUAAACCGGACCAGAUCCAGUAAGACAGUAAUUUUUGGUUCUACAAUAUAAAGCCAUCCAUGACAGUAGCAUUCAUUAAUGAAUCGUUUCUAAGAAAAUAUCAGUACCAUCAUUUUAUUUUCAUGCAUGUCUUGGACUGUUUAUGACUGCAGUUGUCUAAAUAGAUGGAAAGCUGAGACGUAUUUGGUAAAUCUCUUUGCUAACCUGUCCUGUGAACUGGAAAGAUGUCUCUUUAAAUCUUUGCAAGAGUGAAAGAAUGAGGUAAAGGAGAUUUUAUCUUUUCACUGUUGUUUCUAUUUUCCUUACUGUUUAAGUUUCAAUAACAGAACGGUUCCUUAUUUUAAAGAAGGCUGGCAUCCUUAAAUACAUUUUGUUCCAUCGCCAUAAAGGUUUUAAUUCGCAAACUUCAAUUAAUGUAUUCUUCCAUGCUUACAGGGUGGCCGAUCACUUAGUUGCUACUUAUGAAUAUAUUACAUAGUACAUGGUUACAUAUUGUAGCCUUCUUUAUAUCCGGUCUUAGCACUUACUUUCUCCUGACCUCCAUUCUGUGUCUGCUAUUUGCUUCACUGUGAACAUUGCCCUUAUUAAUCAAGCUGCUUGGCAGGUGCGUGUGAAGAAAUGGUAGUUAAGAGUCUGGAGGAGGAGGAGGGCCACGUGGAGGUGCCUGACUGUAUGCAUGUGUGAGUGGUAAUGGUAAAGAGCAAGCCAGCUGUUGCUCAGCAUCUAGUGACCCACGGUUGUGUGAGCAGGGAUAAAUACAGAUGCUAGCAUUUCCCCAUCUACUUAAUGUGAACUUAUAGCAUAAUGGAAACUGCUCCAUCACAUGGGAAAGAAAUGGGAAAGAGAGGAGGAAAUUAUUCCACUGGAAAGAUUUUGGGUAGGAGGUUCAGUUGGGCUGGUUGCUUUAAACUUUAUCCCCCUAAAAGUUUUUCAUGUUUCUUUUUUUCUGAUUAAGUCCACCAGGAAUUCAUUAAUGGCAAGAUUUCAUAAGACUAAAGUUUCUUACGUACCAAAAUAAUCAUUUCAAAUAAAAUGUUUUCACUGCCCCAGUAAAAUUUAUGAGCUUUACAACAUUGUGUUAUAGGGUCUAGGUCCAACAUCACAAGUUCUACUUACCAAGUGCAAAGGUCAACAGUGUCUAAAGCAACUAGUUUAGGUGACUAAUAAACUAAGCACAUGAAUAUCUAACUAGAUGGUAAGGUAGAUAGUGAAAAGGCAGCUGGUUAGCUUGGUAGCUCGUUUGUUACUUAGCUGGCUAGCUAGAUAAACAAAUAGCAAGUUAACAUGCUGGUAAGCUAAACAAAUGAGACAGACAGACAGACCGACAGACAGAGUUGACUGACUAGUUAAAUUACUUGGAAAGGCUUGGAAAUCUGAUUGUGACCUUCUCUGAUUCUCACUCCAAAUCCGCUAUGAAGCUAAAUGUUUAAAUGAUAAAGAUAAGGUUAAUACCUGUAGGACUGGUACUUCUGAAUUUAAAUCUUCAAGUAACUGAUGUUCAACUGAGCCACUCAUCCCAUUAGUUUUACAAAAUACGUGAAUAUGUGAAAUUUGAAAAUAAGGUCAGAGUAGCUCAAAUGCUUGAACAACGGUUCAAACCAUUAUAAAAAUGGUUUGAGCACCCAAUAAGGAUGCUUCAAAGGUUUUGUUUAGGACAGCCAACUGGGGGGAGAUGGUUCUAACCUGAAUAUGUUGGCAGAUUAUAUCUCCAAUGCGCCUCUGCAGAUUUUAGAGAUUGGACGUUUAGCAGGACUUUGAAGCCACAUGUUCUAAAACAAUGAGAUCAGUUUUUUUAACCUUAUUCUGUUUUCUCUUUAGUUUAUGUUUUCUCUGUUAGUUUUUGUUAUAGUAGAUUUUUGAUGGAGCUAAACAUUGAAAAGUAAUUAACUAGGUUCAAGAAAGCAGAUGGAUAGACUUAGAAAAAGGUUUGAAAUAAAGAGACCCGCCCAGACUAGAGGGGUAGUUCCUCCUGUGAGGUUUUGGUCUGCACCGGGCUCUGUGACAUGGAGGGGAAGAAUCCAGAAGAUAUUCUUACCGGAGGUCCAACCACUGUUUUUGGCAUCUUGGCUGCCUUCUUAUCAGAGGUGUGGACUGUGACUUGAUGACUUGACUUGAGUCACAGAUUGAUGGUUACAUUAGAAAAGACUUGUGAUUUGACUCUGACUUGAAUACUAAUGAAUUGUGACUUGACUUGGACUUGAGCAUCUUUACUUGAAAUAACUGGAUGCUCUCAUUAAAGUAAAAGAUUUACCGUGCAAAAAAUAAAUGCCUCUUGCUUUCUAGCAGUGCUGAAGCAUAUUUUUCUUUUCUGUUAGCAGCUUUAAAGAAGAAUGGUUCUAUAAAUAAAAUAAUUUUUAUUUGAUAAGUUUAAUAAAAAAAUAAGUUUUUCUCACUAGUUAAUGGUGUGUGGAAUUAUGACACUAUCAAGUAUAUUAUGCUUUUUAUUGGCAUUUAAAACUUGUUUUAUGAUUGCCUUCAUCCAUCUAUUCAUUUUCUUUGCUACAUUAUAUUUAGAUGGUAGUAAGACAGUUGGGUUAGGAAGCCUAUCCCAGCUGACAACAAUCAAAAGUAGGGCACGACCUGAAAACAUUGCAGAAAGUUGCCCUUCCACUGCAGUUUAAACAUUUAUAGAAAGCAUUUGUUUAUAUUCUUUUUGACAUUUAAACAAACACUUGUUUUGUGUGUGUUUAGUAUUUCAGAGAUAGCUCAUUAUGACUUGUUAAUGACUUGAAAUUUACACCAUAGGACUUGGACUUGACUUGGAACUUGCUAGUCUUGACUUGUGACUCAACUUGGGACUUUUGACUUGGGAAUUAAUGGCUUGGUCCCACCUCUGCUUCUUAUUUUUUUGUUCUAUUUUUUUGCAAAAACAGUAUCCAUAAACAUGUCUCUUAACCCAUAAGUGUUACAUUAAAAUAUAGGUUUGCCUUCAAAGCCUAAGUAGCCUUUGAAAAAACACUUCAGUCAUCUUGCCAUCAUGGUAAGGUCCUCUGACCGUUUUUAUAAAUCCCAAAUCAAGUUGGUUAUGUCCUACACUCUUGAGCUUUCACAAUUGAAGCCAGCAUUGAAUGAAGCUCAGUGGGGUCUAUAUAGAGGCUACAUUAAAAUGUACUAUGCUGAUGACCGUUGCUUCAUAACCUCACACAGUUCAGGGACCUGCUCUGAUUUGUUUGCCACACUUCGCCAUGCUAAAUCACCGCGCUGGCAAGAAUUAAUGCGUGUCAAAUCUUGCAACAUGGCGGCUCUGGUGUGUUUUUGCCUGAUCACCAGUUGGCCAGAUGGUGGCUCAGAUGGUAAUUGCUACAUCAAAACUUUAAGCUGCUAAGCUGGCUAACAAUUACACAAGUCAAACCCUAAUGUACUGUCACUUCCUCGCCUGGCGGCUUAAAGUAGAAUCAGCUUCAGAGCUUCAAGAAAACCCACAGAGACGGCCACAAGUCUCUGUGCUGGCUGUUGGCUCAAAAAAGUUUCAAACCACAGACUUAAUUGAGUUGCUGAAUCUUGCCUCUUUGGAAAUUAUGACUCUGGGAACCUACUGCUACUGGUGUACAUUAGUCCACAUCUGUUAUUCUGGAGACCUGCACCAAAACAUUUUCUCAACAGGCAUGAGGAAAUAAAAAAUUCAAUACGUAAAAAAGCCCAUAAGGUUUUAUUUAAAAUGCAAUCAUAUCACACAUAUUUCUGUUUUUCUGUAAAAGCAUCUAAAGUACAUUUUUUGUAGACUUGAUUUUUGGCAUUUAAUCACUGCCUUUCUUCAGUUCUGGAAGUUGCAUCUUUUUGUUUUUUGGUUUCAGCUUGAUUCUGUGAAACGUAGAAGGUCGUCUUCCCUCAGUAAUGAAGCUUUUCAUCCAGUUGGUCCACUCAUGAGCAGAAGCUUUAUGGUGGUUCAUUUGCUCUAUAGUGCCAUCAAGUGGACAAUAAAUGUAAAAUAGGCAGAGUGAUUAUAAUAAAAUUUAUUUAUUUUUUAUUUCAAAAAUAACUUUUCUGCUGUGCUGGGCCUCAGGCAGAGAAGAUUUUGCCUGCUUUAGAAAAUAGCCAGAAAAGCAACAAACUGGCGAUCAGUCAUGUGGUACAGCUAGCUUCGCACAUAAAUCUUUUAUAAACACCUUUAUUUUCAAUUAAACAGUGGAACUGAAUGUAAACAAUUUUGGUGAAGCAAAUUUGAACGUGCUCAAUUUCCAAGAUCUCCCACAUUUGCUAUCUCCAGAAGUGUCUGGGUCAUGUGGCAUGUGACAUGAAAUAAAGACCUUAAUUUCCUGUUGUUAAAUCUGUUAACACAAACCUUUAAAAGUCGUUAUCUUUAAACGACAGCACAAUAAAUGCCUUGUGCAAGGACUUCAGGAUUCUUUUAUAGCUCUCCUUUGGUGAAUCAUCGCCUUUCAACAGCAAAUUUCACAUCUCAAAGUUGCAACAUUUACACAAUGAUUUAUAAAAAUAUGUGCUUAGUGAAUUCCCUCCUCCACAUGUUUACAUUCUAAAGCAACAAAAUGUGACAUACGUAAAUUUCCACAUGUCGUAAUAGGUUUACCUUCCAUCUUGGGUUUUGUCUUGCCUAACUUUUUAAGACACCUGCUUAUCAGUUUUAUUGUAAGAAGCAUCGUUAAAAGCAACACUGUCCCAGUCUGACAUUCCAGUAAGAUUGUUAACCAAACCUCCUAUAGGCUCUUCCAAAGCAGCCUUUAUAAGGGGUACUUUCCCUUCCUGUUGGAGUCCUGCUACAGUAAAGAUGGGUUGCAGACGCACAGACUGCAUCUCUCGGCCUCUGUCCAACCUUUUUGAGAAACUCGGAUCGUUAGUUGGCUCUUGUCCAUUUUAUUUUUUUGUUAUUCCUAUUUUAAUCACAGCAUCACUUAGUGGGGGCUUUAUUUUCCUUAAAGAUAGAGAGGACAAUGAUCUUGAGAGACAGUUUACCCCCAAGAAAGGACCCUCAAAGGCAACAAGGGCUUUUGUUAGAGAGAACUUUCCUUACAAUGCUUCCAUGUUUUCUGAAGACAGAUUGUAUGACAAGGGGAACUUUGCAUCCGUCAUUGUUGUGUCAAACAACAGCGACAAUAUUUUGAAAAGUCCUGCCUUGGAGGACAUUGUCAGACUCAACGAAAAGAUUCUGAAUAUCACUGUGGACAACAGGAAGCUGGGAUUCAGCGAGGUGUGUGCCAAAGCCCAUGAAAAGUGUGUCUCAAACGUCAUCCUGGAAAUCAUCGGCUACAAUGAAACCAGCAGAACCAGCAUCACCUAUCCAGAACAUAGACAUGAGUCCAAUUUAGUCUUUCUGGGCUCUGCACUUGGUGGAGUUCUGACAGAUGCCAGCAGCACCAUCCAGGCAGCUCAAGCUGUGAAGCUCUACUACUACUUAAACAACCAAGAAAAUGCAGCUGAGAUUUCGAAGCUAUGGCUGAAACAAUUUAAAGCUCUGCUAUCAGAUGAGAUGGACAGGAAACACAUUGAAGUCUCUUUCUACACCUCUAAAUCCAAGCAGGAGGAGAUCGACAGCCACACCGUAGACGGAUUCCCUUUAUUCCUCAUCACUUAUGCCUGCGCUAUAAGCUUCUCUGUGUUAUCCUGCCUGAGAUCGGACCACGUCAGAAACAAAAUGUGGGUGGCUGUCAUUGGCGUUUUAUCCUCUGGGCUGGCAGUUGUCUCAUCUUUUGGCUUGCUGCUUUACAUCGGAGUGCCGUUUGUCAUAACUGUGGAAAACUCUCCUUUUUUAAUACUUGGAAUUGGUCUGAACAACAUGUUCAUCAUGGUGUCCGACUGGCAGCACAGCCACGUAACGGACCCUGUACCAAAGCGGAUGGCUCACACUUACAAAGAAGCAGCAAUGUCCAUCAGCAUCACCGCCUUGACGGACGUCCUCAAGUUCUUUAUCGGCGUCAUGUCCGACUUCCCGUCGGUUCAGUCCUUCUGUCUGUACACCGCCACCUCCAUCCUGUUCUGUUACAUCUACACCAUGACCUUCCUUGGCGCAUUCAUGGCUUUAAACGGCAGGCGGGAGGCUAGCAACAGGCACUGGCUAACCUGCAUGAAAAUACCAAUGGAAAAAUCUAUUGAGCAGACUCACAUGUACAACAUCUGCUGCGUGGGAGGAAGUUAUGAUAAGCUCACAGGAGCGGAGAAAAAACAACCGGCAAGUAAUUUCUUUAAGGAUUACUACGGACCAUGUUUGAUGAAACCGGGAGUCAAAGGUGUGGUCAUCAUUAUCUAUCUGGCGUAUUUAGCAACAAGUGUGUUUGGAUGUUUCCAUAUUCAGCAGGGGACUGAACUUUAUGAUCUGGUAGCUGAUAACUCUCAUGUUACGAGAUUCAACUUUAAGGACAGGCAAUAUUUUUAUAAUUAUGGCCCAGUUGUCAUGGUCAUUGUAAAAGGGGAAAUGGCAUACUGGGAUAAGGCCAAAAGAUCUCAACUUCAGGCGUGCAUAGAAGGCUUUAAGGAGCCCCAGUUUGUUGACAGGGACAUUUAUACGUCUUGGCUGGACUCUUACUUAUCAUACGGUCAAGAGAAACUUUUAAACCUUGACGAUAAAGAUGUUUUUCUCUCAUAUUUACCUCAAUUUUUUGAUUUACAUCCUUUUUUUAAGCAAGAUGUGAACCUGACCGGAGAUGCCAUCCAUGCGUCUCGGUUUUUCAUACAGACUGUUAAUAUUACUAAAGCCAGCGAGGAAAUCGAAAUGCUCAAAGGCCUUAAAGCUAUUGCUGGCAGUUGCCAGGUAGCCUCUUUGUUGGUCUACAACCAAGAGUUCAUCUACUAUGACCAGUAUGACUUCGUGGUGAAGAGCACCAUUAAAAACGUUGUAGUUAUCACGGCCGUAAUGUUGGUUGUCUCUCUCCUGCUGAUUCCCAACCCAGUCUGCUCCUUGUUGGUCACUUGUUCAAUCGGUUCAGUAACUGUUGGGGUGAACGGGUUCAUGGCCCUCUGGGACAUCAGUUUGGACUCCAUAUCCAUGAUCAUUUUCACCGUCUGCAUCGGCUUCACUGUGGACUUCUCCGCUCACAUGUCCUAUGCCUUCGUCUCCAGUGAGAAGCCCCAUCCCAACGACAAGGCCGUGGACGCUCUGUCCAGUCUGGGUUACCCCAUCAUUCAAGCCGCCUUGUCCACGGUUUUAGGGGUGUCGGUGUUGUCCAUGUCAAAAUUUUAUACCUUCAGAGCCUUCUUCAAGAUCUUUUUCCUGGUCAUGUUUAUUGGGAUGCUUCACGGCCUCGUUUUCAUGCCAGUCUUUCUGACAGCGAGUGCAUGCAGCUCAGAUAAAGACGAAAAUCCAGAGGGAGUUUUAAAGUCUAGUAAACUUUGACCACUGGACGAAUGGUCUGACAUUUUAGUCUUAAAUGUUUGUAUUUUUAUGUACCAAAAUGUAUGAAAAGCAACCAUGUCUACUGUAUGAAUGUAUACGUUUUUUUUAUUUGAUCUCUGAGAUUUCUGAGAUUGAUAAUCAGUUAUCUGGUAUUUUUCUAAAUAUUUUUUAUAGCAUUUAAUUCAACUGUAUCAUUCUGUGUUUCUAAUGUUUAUACACUUGUAUAAUAAAUAAAAGAGGCAAGCUA